AUGUGUUGUGGAGGUCCCAAAUGGAAGCGAGAGGUCGUGCCCGACCACAAGUUCGACUUCAUCAACACGCAAGAAUUCAACGAUCGUGGGUUCAUGAUGCGCAUGAAGUACCUAUGGGUCUACAUCAUCGUCCUCAAGUCAUUCUUGGUCUAUGUCCUCGAUAUCUUCUCCGCCAUAACCAUGUUAACCACCAACAACUGGUCCAAUGAAAUCUUCAAGCAAUGCGCGAACAUCCAAGGUUGCUUUUUCAUCCCAUUUAACACUGGAAAAUGGCUUUUCGUGGGCUGUAUCAUCGUUUCCUUCCUGUUGUUGGCAUACGAGUCGAGGAAAGCGAAGAAGAUCAUCGCCAGUCGAGAUAUAUCCUACGCGUUCACCAACGUAAUGGCCAACAACUACUACUCACUUCGCUCGUAUGAUCACUUCUGCUUCUUCGACCACAUCAGUAAUUCCACGAAGACCAGCGACGACUUUGCUUUCUUCGUCUUCUUCGUCUUCAAGAGCUGGAAGCGGUUGCUAUUAGCAGACACCCCACGCCAAACCAUCAAUGCCCUCACGCUGUAUGCAGUGUGGCUGGUCAAGAAGGACAACAAGGGAGAGUGGUACGACGUCACCAAAUACUUCAAGGGAAACAGUUUGUCCACGUCUGCCUUGACGAUCACGUCGUUCUUCACCGUGGCUAUCUGUGCUGGCUCUCUGCUGCUCCUCUUCGUGGCAGCCAUCUGCUAUGUCCCGCUUCUCUUGCACAUCCGUGGUAACCUCAAGGAAUAUUGCUGCCACAAGGUUGAUAAGCGCAUUGGCGAUAUUAUGAAGCGUAAGCAGAAGGAACGUCGCGCCGCGGCAGCCAAACUCGCUCAGAAAGAAGCGAUGGGUGAUUACUCGCACCUGAAGAACAAGAAGGGUGAACUUAUCGCUCAGCCGCUUCCUCAACCAACACUACCCAACCUUUCAGUCGACGAUGAUGACGACGCUUCAUCGAUGCACACGCGCGUCGCCCCCAGCAUCGCUCCAAGCAAGUAUACCCAAGACUACUACUACGAGAAAGGCUCUGAAUACCCGCCUCCGAUGCCCGCCUACAACCCCUAUGCCACGCACCAAGGUGCUGACAGCUACGCCCAAUACAACCCCUCUUCCGCAACGAUCCAUUACGACGACCCCAUUUACCCUCCAACGCACAAGAUGUAUGAUGACGAUAACGAAAGUACUGCACACCUAGCCGUAUCCGCAGCUCCGUUCGCACGCGACCCAGUUGAUCGACAGGGUUCGCCGUACGGGUCCGCACGCGGCGGCAGCUACGAUCCACACGAUGUGUAUCAAGGCCGCGCUGGGUCAACACCGCCCCAGCAGCAUCCCGGACACCGCCACUCACCGCCAGGUUCGGUCGGUGGUGGGCUCGCCUAUGACGAUGCGAGCUCAAUGCAAUACACACAAUCGCCAGUAUCAUACACAUCACCGUAUGGUGGUGGUGCCUAUCCUAGUGGUGCGAAUCCGUCAACAGGUUCGCAACAAGCUGGCAGAGGGUACGAUCAUGAUCCAGGGUAUAGUCGAGGGCAAGGAGGUUAUCAGGGCCCUGUAUAG